ACUAUUCCUCUCUCUCACUCUGAAUGCACCCUUUUGAUUCCUUGAGUUUCCCAUAAUUUGCAGUCUCACACAAGCACAUUCAUUCACCUUUAUAUUUGAGGGCUUUUCAUCCCCCAAAACCAAAACACACUGUUCUUCUCUUUUUCCUGUUUUUUUUUUAGCAUUCAUCUUUUGUUUCUCUCUCUUAAAAAAAACAAGGGCUUUCUCUUUCUCUUUCUCUUUCUCCCUCUUCCCCUCUCUCUCUCUCUCUAGAAUCCCUUCACUUUCGAUUUUCCAUCUCCAAUGCUAACACAUGAUCCUCUACAUGUAACCCCAUCGUACCUUACCCUAAAACCCUUUUGAUCUCUCUCUUUCUCUCUCACCACCAUGUCCCAAGGAUCUCCGCCUCCUCCUCCGCCGCAGUCCACCGCCGAACCCAGCAACCCACCCUCGCCGGAAAAGGAGGAGCCCGCCGCUCAACCCGCCGGAACCCGGACUCGCCCCUCCCGAGCCUGCACCAUCCGCGCAGCGCAACGUCUCCACUCGGCUUCCCAGCCGGCGAUCGAGCGCCGGUCCAAGUCUACGGCGUCGAAGAAGGAGCAGCGCCGUGAGGUCUCGCCGUCGCCGCCCCCGUCUCCGCCUCAGCAAUGCAGUAAGAUCGUGACGACGCUGGUGGAACCGCCCUCGCCGUCGCAGUUGCCGCGGUGGAAGCUCCGGUCCAUGUGGGAGUUCGCUUCCGUGCUCAAUUUCCUGCAUUUGUUUAGGCCCCUUUUGAAUAUAUCAGUUGAAUUCUCUGCUGAAGAGUUUGAGACUGCUCUUCUUACCCCCAAUGACACGUUGAGUGAUGUACACAUGCCUUUGUUAAAGGCAAUCCCUCCCAUUACUCGAAUGGCACUCUCACGUGAUACUUGGAUUACCGUAUUGUGCAGAAAAUUGAGAGAUUGGUGGCACUGGGUUGCUGAGGGGGAUAUCCCUGUUGUAGCUUCACAUGGGGCGGAGAUUGAUGUAUAUAAAUCACUUGAUCCUGGAGUCCGUGUCAUUAUCUUAAAAGCACUAUGUGACAUUCGUGUUGAGCAAGAAGAUAUUCGAAGUUACAUUGACAACUCAGUAAAACAUGGUGUUCAACUUUCAACAUUCCGUAAGGAGCGUGUCGGUGGUGAUUCACAUGGAGUUUCCUUUUGGUAUGAAGAUGAUCCAAUUAUUGGUCAUAGAUUGUAUCGGGAAAUAAGGAAAACUGAAGUGGUUCAAUUGAAGAAAGGGAAACCAAGAGGCUCCCAGGUUCUUUCAAAUACAACGUACCAGUGGGAAACUGUUGCUACCAACUUUGAUGAAUUUCAGGAUGUUUCUGAGAAGCUUUUUUCAAGUAAAAACAGAAUGGAGGUUUCUGUAGGUAAAAAGAUUAAAAUAGACAUGCUUCCUGAAGUUGAGAUAGUUCACAAGAGAAAGGAGAGGUUAAUGAAGAAACAACAUAGACAAGCCCUUCUUCUUGAUAAUUUCUUGGGCGUUGAUGGGCUUGCCACAGGGCGUUCACUUCGUGAUAGGAAACCGGUUACCUACACUUUUGAUGAUUACGAUCGUUCCAUCAAUGAGGCUAUUAAGAUAACCAAACAGAAACAACCAUCCCCAGAACCUAUACACAGGAGAGAAACACGAGCAAGACCUGAAGUGUUAGCUAAUGGUAAAUUGAGCGGUCCCUCACAUGCCCCUCAACAUCUGGAUUUUAGUAUGCCAUCUCCGAAUUCACCUGACUUUGAUGAUUUGGAGGAUGAAGAAAAUCAAACAGACGCAUUGGACCGAAGCAAUCGGCGAAGGCAGAGACCUAAUCGAUAUUCAGAGAAAGACUUUGUUGAAGCAGUGUCAGAUAUUGACGCUGAUUUUGACAGUGAUGAUGAUAUUGUUGGGGAAGCCGUAUAUGAUGAAGAAUAUCUCCGGAAACGUAAGCAGAGAAGGAAAGCAUCAAGUAGCUCUGCUUCUGAAGGAGAUGAUGAAUAUCAUGGGGAUGAAGAUAAUGUUGAAGAUGAAGAGGAAGAAGAAGACGACAUAGAUUUCUCGAGUGUCAGUGAGGACAGUGACAAGCCUCGUAAAAUCAAGCAAUUGCCUGGCCGUACUCGGAGGGAAGCUAAACGCAGGUCUGUGGGUGAGAUUCAAUCAAGUUUGAGACGUAGUAAGAGGGCAACUAGGAACCGUAUAGACUACAGACAGUUAGAGUUGUCUGAGUCAGAAACAGAGUUAACUAAGCCUGAGAAGUCGUCCCAUGCAUCAGAAGAUCAUCGCUCACAUCCCAGUGAGAAUGGGGAGUAUAUGAUGGAAAGUGAAGAUUCAGAUGGCAAUGAUGAUGAAGAUCAGGAAAUGAAAGUAACGGAGCCAGUUUCUCACCCCGCAGUAGGAGAGAACGAAGAUCCUGCCGUCGGAGAGAACGAACAAAACCAUGACCCGCCUCCUAUAAAAUCAAGUAGUCCGGGUCAGGAGGAAGCUGAAGGUAUGACAAAAAGACGUUUCCUUGAUUUGAAUGAACUUGCCCCUAGUUCUGGUUUUGAUGAUGGUCCAAAUACUGCAACCAAAGAUGAAGGCAAUGAUGAUUACUGAAGCUUCCCUUUGUGCUUUGAAGGCAAGGAUUGUAGUUUUAUUUCGGGAAAGGGAAAGUGUAUGAUAAUAGAACUAUAAAUUUUGUUAUAUGACCCAACGGAAGUUACGACCAAAUCUCUUCCCAUGGCAAUCUUGGUGCAUGAUUUGCCACCAGGAGCAGCAUGACACUGAGUUGUGUAGAUUAGGUAGCCAAUUUUUUGGUAUUUAGUAUUUAAAUAUUUAAACUUCCAAAGGGUCUACUCGAAUGAAUGAGAGAAUAUGUUGGGUGUUAUUUACCCCAUCCAAUCCAUGUACAAUAACUGUUAACAAGUACUGUAACUUUAAAUAGAUAUGGCUUUUAGAUAA